CGCCCGCGCGAGGGGGGCAGCCGCCCCAGACAGGUGAUGGGCGUUUCGGCUGCGCUCCGGAUCGACUCCUUGGGUUUCACUUUGGUCUGAUCUAAGCAAAUAUGCAGAAGUACCGGCUGGUCUAGUCCUAAGAGCCAAGAGGAGCGAGCGAGAGCGGCAGAAGGGGAGAGCAGCCACGCUCCCGUAGCGAGGGGAACGUACAAACAGCGGCCGCGCCGUCAUUAAGCCACCGCCGCCCCGGGCAGCCCCGACCCACCCUGGAUGCGGAGGACCCCCGAGCCACCCCGCUGCCUUUCCCCUGAGGGAUGGUACUGAAUUCCUGCGCGGCAGGAGCCGGCCUGCAGCCCCUCUCCAUCAGCGUUGCCUUCCCUCCGUGUCUAAAGUGCACUAGACCGCGAUGAGGACCUGGGCUUGCGUUUUGCUGAUAGGUUUUGGCUACCUGUCCUUUACCUUCUCCGAGGAGGCCGAGAUCCCGCAGGAGCUCAUCGAGCGGCUGGCGCACAGCGAGAUCCACAGCAUCCGCGACUUGCAGCGCCUCCUGGAGAUUGACUCCGUAGGAUAUGAUGAUGUUUCAGAAACAAACCUGAGGUCUUACAGUGUUCAUUCUGCUAAACAUGUGCAAGAGAACCGUCCUGUGCCCAUUCGCAGAAAAAGAAGCAUUGAGGAGGCCAUCCCGGCGGUGUGCAAGACGCGGACGGUGAUCUACGAGAUCCCUCGGAGCCAGAUCGACCCCACCUCGGCCAACUUCCUGAUAUGGCCGCCCUGCGUGGAGGUGAAGCGCUGCACCGGCUGCUGCAACACCAGCAGCGUCAAGUGCCAGCCCUCCCGGAUACACCACAGGAGUGUCAAGGUGGCAAAAGUGGAGUAUGUUAGAAAAAAGCCAAAAUUAAAAGAAGUUCUGGUGAGAUUAGAAGAGCAUAUGGAAUGCACCUGUACAUCAUCAAAUACUAAUUCAGAUUAUAGAGAAGAAGAAACUGGCGAGACCGAGGCAUGGAGAAAAGCCUGUGCAAGGUCAUACAGCAAGGCUGUGGCAGAACCAGGGAGAGGACUCAGAUCUGAGUGCUCAUCCAGUGCCCUAAAUCACACGACCAUCUUCCCUUUCCAAGAAUGAAUCCUUGCACCCUUAGAGCUAAAUACUGAAAAGAUUGAGGCUGCAUUUUUGAGAGGAGAGAGAGAGAGAUGGCUAGGCUUGCAGUAACAUGUUGUGCCGUCAUAAAUGCUACAGCCACCAUCUGUUUCCAGCCCACGACUUGAAAGAAAACUGAGCAGUAAUCUCAUAAUUCACAUGAGCGUUUUACACUUGUGAACCUUUCCCAACCUUUGUCUAAUAAUGAGGGGAGUGCAUGGUGCUAAGUUUUGUAUUUUUCCUGUACGUAUUAAUGUUUAUUUGUAUGUCUUUUCCUGUUUGGUUGUUUUGUGAGUUUUUUUUUCCAUUAAAAAAAAAAAAAAAGAAAUUCACUGGGAGAAAAAUCAGACCAGUUCCACGGUCAAAAGAAAUGUAAUAAAGGCAAAAUCCCAAUUCCACUGAUCUUGCUGGCAAAAUUCUCCAGGAGGAGGUACAUUUUACAUUCCUCAGUGUGUCUGUUUUAGUUACUUGUUGAUUAAAAGAGAGACAUGAGAAAGUGAAGAGGCAGGUUGCUGAACUGCCCUUUCCCUGCAGAAACAGAGCUGCUACAAGAGCUGGACGUGCACAUUUAAAACUGAACCAUCAGAGAGGAUGGUAAUGGUAGGCUGGCUUUUAAUGAAAACAGAUUCUUCUGCUAAUCUUUGCUCGGGGCUGGCCCUCUGCAGGAUUAAGGAUCCCACCUGCUGUGCCAAAGACAUGCUCAGGUUCGGGGCUGCUGGUGGGUGGGAAGAGCACAAACAUCUGAGUGAGUGAUCCCAGUGUGUCCUGGUACAGAGCCCUCAGGGAAGCCAAAGAGUUGAGAUCAUUUAGUUGAUGGAAAUACUGCUCCCCUCCAGCCUGCAAAGGGCUGAGCAUCAUUAAGGAUUUCUUUCUGGCUGCUCUUCGAAACCAAGGGCUGCUGUGUCUCCGGGCCUCCUCUCACCUUUGGACCCAAUUUGCACACCUCCUCCUACCACAGCUGAAUGAACUCCUGCUCUCCUCUGGCCUUAGGAACAAUGGCUUUCAUCAUCCCUACCAGACUGCAGAGCAGUUUAAGGAUGAAAGGGCUUCUCAUUUCAUAUAACCCACUGCUGCUAGAGCUAUAAAUCAUCGAUGGACUGAAUUUAUAGCCAACUGCUACUGCAAGCAAGUGAAAUUUAUUUUGUGUUGUCAUAUGUGUGGUCAAACUUUCCAAGAAGCUGCCAAACAAAGAACUGAGCUGCUGCUGAGAAACCCACUCAAUCUAUUCUCAUUUUAUUUAAAAAUAAUAAAUAACUGUCAAUCAGAGGAAUUUAUUUUGACAUGUGCUACCUGCUGGGUGAUCUGCAGUGUCUCCGGGAUGUGUCUGUAAGUGAAAGAAAGCUGCUAGCUGUUGCCAGGUCUAGCACAUAUGACAUGAAGUUCCACCAAGGAAAGGUUUGUGAGCUCACUAGGGUUGGGGACAGAUUGAGGGCCACCUCCUUUUUUAGCAUUACUUGCUCUUCUGAGAGUGUUUGGUUUGGUAUCAACAGUGCCCAGGGGUCACAGUGACUUUCUGCUUGAAUCAGUGACAAAUCUCCAUUGACCUGUACAGAGCAGUGGCCCUGCUUCUGUCUCUCAGUUUGCUGACAGGUGGAUUCUUGGUGGGUCCCUGGGGUCUGGAAAGCUGGCCUGUGCCUAUUUUGGUGCCUUGUGAUGGCGACGAGCUAAAAAUGAGAGAGUAGAAACUCUUCAAGCUGCUGGGGUCUGAAUCACGUAUUUCUGUACGAUUUACUGACAGAGCCAACAAGCCUGAAAGCUUAUUUUUGUAUUUUACCCAGGCUCACUAAUUAGCUGGGGGUGUUGGGAGCUGUCAUAUUGAGCAGCCUUUCCCUGCUCACUCCUGUUGUCCUGCUGGAUUCAAUCCCUGCAGCCUCCCACCCCCUUGUCUGUAGUUUAUGGCCACAUCUGGAGUGUCUCCCUGCACACGUGCUGGUAGGAGCCUCCUCCCUGCUGGCACACACGUCAUGGCUUUUGGGGUCCCUGGAGUUACAGUCAUCCUUCCCAACACUUGUUUUUCCAUGAGGGGGAAAGAGAGAAGGGCAGUGGCAGGGAAGGCCUCUGACACGAAAUUCCCAGGAACAGGAUUUGCACAUUUUAUGACCGUUCAGAUGGAAAUGCAAUGGUGCUGAAUUAUUCCUCCUUAAUCCUGCUUUCUCACUUUCCUCCCAGCAGCCUCUUCCCCUGCAGUUUAGGUAAUACAGAAGCUUAUAAACAAAUCCCACCGCGUGAAAAAUAGCAAAGGGGGAGAAAAAAAAAGAGACCUGGGUUAGGGCUGUGAUGGAUAGACAGGUGGAAGGCAGGCACCAGAAGGGAGGAUGAAUGGUAAAAGCCUUUGAUGGAAACACUAAAGAGCUAUUGAAAAUCCAAGGGGUGGGGGGAGGGAGGAGAAAGAAUAGCAGGAGGAGGGAAAGCAAGGGAGUCGUGCCCCCGUCCCCCCGCCCUCUUUCUCAGGAUGUUGAAAGUACUUGUCCUUCGUUACAAAAUGAUUGAACUGCCGCCAGGCCAGGCCACCCUUCCAGCCAUUGCACUGGGAAACUGGCACUUCUGAAAGCCUCGUUGCCUCUCAAAUUUUAUAGCUUUCCCUUUUUGUGGGAGUUUUUGUGUUGUGCUAUUUGCAGGAUUGUUUUCAGAUUUGCCGAUUAUCUAAGAAACUAUGUUUUGUUUUUGUUGCUCUGACAAACACAGAAUCCAGGUAAUGAAAAGAAAAUUAAAAAAUAAAGGCACAUUUUUAUCAGAAAA